AUGCCGUUGGAACUUGAGCAAAAUUUGGAAGCUUGUCAUGCCAUAAAGUUUUGUGUUAACCGAUUAACCAGUAUGAAUCGAUCAUCUGCUUUCCGCUGGCACAAAAGAGUCAAAGUUGGCAAAGAGGAGGUGAAAGACGAUGACGAAUAUGGCAAGGAGAGGGACGUGAGAACAUCUGAGCUGAUUAAUAAAAUUUGCAAGCUUCUGGAUGAAGACCGUUGUGUGUCCAUAAAGACAGCAUACAAGCAGUUUCGAAUUGAUGUGUCAACUUUUCAUGGAAUUAUUUAUGAGGGUCUGAACAUGGGUACUCAGAGGCCAGUAGAGGGAAAGACGCGUUAG